UUUGCUAAAUGCAGUAGUAAACACCCUUCUAAACAGGAAGUUCUACAUCUUGUGAUUAAGACAGUUCUGCAAAUCCAAACAUUUCCUAAGUUCCUCUUCCUUCAAGAAGAUUCAUUUCCACAGAGAUACAAGAAAUGGCAUCUUUCAACAAAUUUGAAAAUGUGCUAAUGUUGGCGUUUGACUGGAUCCUGUUUGGUGCUGGUGUUGCAGGUCACUGCCGAGUCACUGUCACACAGCCCAGGUUUCAGCAAGCUGACCCCUCCAUGAACGUGUCCCUAACAUGCUCCUUCUCUGCCUCUGGAUGCUCCUUGUCCCCACCUGAAGUUCUGUGGUUUCGUUUUUUAACUAAUACACAUCAGGAUUUGUGUACUCCUGGAUGCACAGAUCACCAGAAGUAUAAAGUACAUUCAUCAGGAAAUAACAUCUUACUUCAGAUAAAAGAUCUGACUGUAAGUGACAGCGCUGUUUACAUCUGUGGAAUAGCAUUUUCAGACUCAGAUUCACCCCUUUCUAAACAAACAGGAGAUGGAACAGUACUAACGGUAACAGGAUCAGGGAAGCAGCUCAGCAAUGGAAAACUCAUCUCCAUGAUCAUUGCCUCGUCCUUACUGUUCCUGUACAGCUCUGCUGUGCUCAUUUCCUUUGUGGUCUACAAGUUAAAACCAAAGCUGCUAAAGAAAAGUGGAAAAGACCAAACAACAGAGAACUGUAAAAUAAAUAGUGGCCGGAAAGUUUUUCAAGCAAUUGCUCAAGAACUUCAGAAACAGAGAUUUGCUCAACAUUGCCAACAGCCUGAUGAUUUGGAAGAUGACACUGUUUAUCAGAACAGAUGAGCACAUACAGCACUUCAGAUUUGUAACUCUGCAUGCAAAGGAGCAAAGGUGAGGAAGUCAAGCUUCUUCACAGACUUCCUUUGCUUUAAAGGAAGAGGAGAAAACCUUGCAGGGCAGUGUUCUUUGGGAGUAUUUUCUAAACAGAUCACCACAACCAAGUGCAUUAUACCUUACAUCUGUGCAUAUGUGUUACAUAUUCCAUUUUCCAUUUCCAAGCACCCAGGGAAAAGACUUCAUAAGAUAACUGUUGAUGUUUCACAAAAGUUUCCUUUUUUAGUUUAGAUUUAAUUCUGUCUUUUUUUUCUCUUUAUAUAAAUUUUUAUGUAAUCCUGUUACACAAAACAGGAUGUGAAAAAUAUUUGACAAUUGACAGCAACAGAAAAUAAACUUGUUUCAUGGGUGAAAUUCUGGAUUUGCUCAUGUUAAUGGAGUAGUUAUUGAUGUAACAUCUACAGACCAACAGUAAAUGAGCCUUAGAACAGUUUAAACAGAGCAAAACCUGUGUAUUAGACAGGCAAGCAGAAAAAAACUGACAAUAUAAA